AUGAGAAUUUACAAUAACUCGUUUGUGGACCCACCAACAGUGACUCUGGUUGGAAUUCCCGGACUUGAACAUCUCCACUUCUGGAUUGGAUUCCCUUUUUGCCUCCUUUGCUUAGUAGCCCUCCUGGGAAAUGUCCUCCUAUUGAUUAUUAUCCCAACAGAGCGCAGUCUUCACCAGCCCAUGUACAUCUUCCUGGCUGUGUUAGCUGCAACUGACCUUGGUCUAUGUGCUGCCAUAGCCCCCAAGAUGCUGGCCAUCUUCUGGUUUCAUGCCCGCACCAUGGCCUUUGAUGCCUGCCUCACUCAGCUAUUCUUUAUUCAUGCCCUACAAGGGAUGGAGUCAGGUAUCUUGCUGGCGAUGGCCUUUGACCGCUAUGUGGCAAUUUGUGAUCCUCUUAGGCAUUCAGCCAUUCUUACACCAACUAUCCUGAGUCGGAUGAUAUUGGUAGUAUCAGUGAGAGCUGUUGUAUUGGUUGGCUUACUGCCCCUCCUGAUCAGACGUUUGCACUUCUUCCAUACUACUGUCAUAGCCCAUUCUUACUGUGAGCACAUGGCUGUGGUCAAAUUGGCCGCUGAGAAUAUUCAGGUUAAUAAGUCUGUUGGAUUGUUUGUAGCAUUUACCAUUCUGGGUUUUGACAUGAUUUUUGUCCUUGUUUCCUAUACUCUAAUUAUCUGGACAGUUUUCCAUCUUCCCCAGAAGAAAGCUCGGUUGAAGGCACUUAAUACCUGCACAGCCCAUAUUUUUGUCUUCCUUGAAUUUUAUGUCCUUGCUUUCUUUUCUUUUCUUAGCCAUCGCUUUGGCCACUUGACACCAUAUACUCAUAUUCUUUUAUCCACUAUUUACCUCCUUGUACCUCCUGCCCUCAACCCCAUUGUUUAUGGAGUAAAAACAAAAGAAAUCCGAGUCAAGGUGCUAAGAAUAUUUACUAAAAAAGACAUUUCCCUUCAGUAA